CCCGGCCCCCAACCAGAAAACCCCCAACGAAACAAAGCAGAGCCGAGCAGAGCAGGAACCCGACCGACCAGCCUCCUCCUCCCUCCAGGCCCCGCUGCCCGCUCUUCAAUGCUCCCCCCGUCCCGCGCCACGCCGCCUCCCCCAUCCACAUGGACUCCGCCGACGCCGCUUCCAUCCUCCCCAUCCUCCUCCUCCCCCUCCUCCUCCUCGCCGCGCCGGCGGCGGCGGCCACGCACCCGGCCGACCUCGCCGUGCUCAAGGACUUCCGCAAGUCCCUGACCAACCCCGACGCGCUCGGAUGGCCGGACAACGACGACGCCUGCGGCCCCCCCGCCUGGCCGCACGUCUCCUGCGACCACUCGGGCCGCGUCGACAACCUCGACCUCAAGAACGCCGGCCUCGCCGGCACCCUCCCCGCCAGCAUCUCCUCCCUCGCCGCCCUCCAGGGGCUCAGCCUCCAGGGGAACCGCCUCUCCGGCCCGCUUCCCUCCUUCCGCGGCAUGUCCGCCCUCCGCCGCGCCUUCCUCAACGACAACGCCUUCGACGCCAUCCCGGCCGAUUUCUUCGACGGCCUCACCGACCUCCUCGAGAUCUCCCUCGGCAACAACCCGCGCCUCAACGCCUCCAACGGCGGCUGGGCGCUGCCCGACGGACUCGCCGCCUCCGCGCAGCAGCUGCAGGUCCUCUCCCUCGACAACUGCAGCCUGUCCGGCGCCGUACCGCCCUUCCUCGGCACCAUGAACAGCCUACAGAACCUCACCCUCUCCUACAACAACCUCUCCGGCCCCAUCCCCGACACCUUCAACGCCUCCGGCAUCCAGAGGCUCUGGCUCAACAACCAGCUCGGGGAGACCAAGCUCUCCGGCACACUCGACGUCAUCGCCACCAUGGCUAGCCUCCAGGAGCUCUGGCUGCACGGCAACCAGUUCGCCGGCCCCAUCCCCGACGCCAUCGCUGCCUGCAAGAACCUCUACACCGUCAGGCUCAACAACAACCAGCUCCUGGGCCUCGUGCCUCCUGGCCUCGCCACCCUACCCGAGCUCCAGGAGCUCAAGCUCGACAACAACAAUCUCUUGGGCCCCGUCCCGCCCGUCAAGGCGCCCAAUUUCACCUUCUCCGGCAACGAGUUCUGCGCCAGCAAGCCCGGGGACACCUGCGCGCCGGUGGUCAUGGCAUUGCUCCAAUUCCUCGCCGAUGUCCAGUACCCGACCGGGCUCGCCGAUACCUGGUCCGGGAACGACCCCUGCGCGGCGGGUUGGACCGGCGUUACCUGCGUCCAAGGCAAAGUCACCGUGCUCAACCUGCCAGACAAAGGCCUCAACGGCACAAUCAGCCCGAGUCUCGGCAACAUCACCACGCUCUUAGACGUCAUUCUCGGCGGGAACCAUCUCACCGGCCGAGUGCCGGACAGCCUCACCAACCUCGACUCGCUUCGGAAGCUGGACUUGUCCAUGAAUGACUUAUCCGGGCCACUACCCACCUUCAAGCCGAGCGUCCAGGUGGAUGUCUCUGGUAAUCUCAACUUCAAUAGCAUGGCGGCGGCGCCGGAUGCGCAGCCAAACAACUCCCCUCAUUCUCCAGCAACGCCGAACGGCGCACCAGGCUCACAUGGCAGUAAUGCAGCCAUCCCGGGGAAUGUGAAGAAGACCUCAUCAUCUGUCUUGCUGGGCACAACCAUUCCGGUUGCAGUCAGCGUGGUUGCUCUGGUAUCGGUGGGUGCUGCAUUCUUCUGCAAGAAAAGGGCAUCAACGCCGCCUCAGGCAGCCUCUGUUGUUGUCCAUCCCCGUGAUAGUUCCGAUCCAGACAACUUGGCCAAGAUUGUUGUGGCGACCAAUGACGGCAGCAGCGGCACAUCUCAAGGCAAUACACAUAGCGGGAGCAGCAGCCUGGCUGGUGAUGUCCACAUGAUCGAGGCUGGAAAUUUUGUGAUCGCAGUGCAGGUCCUCCGUGGCGCCACCAAGAAUUUUGCCAAGGAGAAUGUGCUUGGCCGUGGGGGCUUUGGCGUCGUUUACAAAGGGGAGCUGCACGACGGCACCAUGAUUGCGGUGAAGAGGAUGGAGGCUGUUGCGGUCAGCAACAAGGCUUUGGACGAGUUCCAAGCUGAGAUUGCCGUUCUAACCAAGGUCCGGCACCGCAAUUUGGUGUCGAUUCUGGGAUACGCAAUCGAAGGGAACGAGAGGCUGCUGGUCUAUGAAUACAUGCCUAAUGGGGCUUUGAGCAGGCAUCUGUUCCAGUGGAAGCAGCUUGGGCUGGAGCCUCUCUCGUUGAAGAAGAGGCUCAACAUCGCCUUGGAUGUCGCCCGCGGAAUGGAAUAUCUGCACAAUCUGGGUCAUCACCGCUUCAUUCACAGGGAUCUUAAGUCUGCAAACAUUCUACUAGGCGAUGACUUCCGGGCAAAGGUGUCGGACUUUGGGCUGAUGAAAGAUGCGCCAGAUGGGAACUUCUCUGUGGCAACCAGACUCGCCGGAACUUUUGGAUACUUGGCUCCUGAGUAUGCAGUGACGGGGAAAAUCUCAACAAAAGCAGAUGUCUUCAGCUUUGGGGUAGUGCUGCUGGAACUGAUAACAGGGACAACUGCUAUUGAUGACAGCCGUGUAGGCGAGGGUGAGGAAACCCGUCAUCUGGCAUACUGGUUCUGUCAGAUAAGGAAGGAUGAGGAGAAGCUGAGGGCGGCGAUCGAUCCCACUCUGGAUGUGACCGACGAUGAGAUCUUCGAUAGCAUCAGCGUGAUCGCGGAGCUUGCUGGACACUGCACUGCCCGGGAGCCCUCCCAGCGGCCGGACAUGGGGCACGCCGUGAACGUGCUGGUCCCGAUGGUGGAGAAGUGGAAGCCUGUGAAGGACGAGGCCGAGGAUUACCUGGGCAUCGACCUGCACCUGCCGCUGCUUCAGAUGGUGAAGAGCUGGCAGGACGCAGAGGCCAGCAUGACGGACGGGAGCAUCCUGAGCCUGGAAGACAGCAAAGGUAGCAUCCCGGCCCGGCCGGCCGGGUUUGCCGAGUCGUUCACCUCGGCGGACGGCCGGUGAAGAGGAGGAACUGAGGAAGCGUCAGCAUCUUUAUCUACCGACUACGGUGAUGGGAUAAUAAGUAGUACAUCUCUCUCUCUCUCUCUCUGUCGCCUGUUUUCGCACAGCGUUUAAUUUGUUGUUUGUAGGUAAAAAGAAAAAAGAAAAGAAAAAAAAGAGAGCGCAGCAUUGCCCAUGUGCUUGUGCUUCUUCUGUAGAUAGAUGAUAUGUUUCUUUUUGGUAGUAGGAUUGCUUGUUUGUGUUAUUCCAAUCUUGAGACUCAAGUCUCUGGCUUCUCCGAGCCGUCAUCAA